AUGACAUACAAACUAAAUACAGCAACGAAUACUAAAGACUUAAGAAAUAUUUCACGUCGCACGCACAAUCCACAAACAGAAUGGACAUUCGAAAAUUACUUGAAGAAAUAUGAACCAAGCGUUGUAUGGGAGAGGAUAGAUAAAAUGAGAAAGUAUAAGGGGCUGAACAUAACAUAUGAAGAACAAACAGAAAUGAUGAUAGAAGGAAUCGAUACGUUCAAUGAAAUGAUGGAUAUGAAAAUUGAAAAUGGGGAUCCUAAACUGAUCUUGAAGCGAGAUGGCAGGCGAGGUUGGGUGGCUCCUGGUGCGGCAAGCGAGAAUAAAAACGACAGAUUCUACCUCCGACGCAGGCUUUACGAGUUGAUGAAGCAAGCCAUUUAUCAGACCAGAAAUAAGAUGAUUGGCAUGCAGAUGCGCAGGGAAGCACUCGCAAAUUCAUCGCUUUACAAAAUGGGAUUCUUAAUGAAUAAGAUUGAUAAUUUGGUGAAGGUCUUCAGUAUGUUUUCUUACAGAGCAUUAAAGGGUUGUACUCAACACUUAGUAGACUUAAUUGUUCGAUUCCCCACGUACGAUAUACUGAAUGCUAACGAGAGACAACUAAGCAUCCUGUUCAAUAUAGAACUUUUAUUUGAAUUACUUCGUAGGAACGACGUUACCUGCAAAAGACUCUUCAAAAAAGUAAAAGUGAACAGAAAGGAAAAAUUAGAUGCAAUGUUUGAGAAUUAG